AUGCCGUACUCGUCCGCACCCUUGGCUCUGCCGCGUGGCUUCCGACAUGGCUUUGCAACCGCCUCCUAUCAGGUACGUUCGGCGUGGACCUUGUUCACCGGCUGGGCCGCUCGCUCUCUCCGCCUCGCGGCCCGGGUUGGGCCUUCCUCCGACGCCCCGGGUGCGAACCCAAGGCAAGGGCGACAGACGAGACCGCGGCGCGCCGCCUGACCAUACGCGGUCCUCGAGCUAGAGCUGACAUAAUGGUUGCUGGGCUCGAUAGAUCGAAGGUAGCGUCGAUGUCGACGGUCGAGGAAGCACCGUCUGGGACGACAUGUGCCAACGCAAGAACGAGGACGGCUCGCUCAAGGUCGUCGACGGCACUGACGGCAGCCUCGCGACCGACUCCUACCGUCGCUACAGCGAGGACAUUGCCCUCAUGAAGAGCUACGGCGCCAACUGCUACGUGAGUUGACAACCACUUUUAUCGUGACGAUCCAUGGUCCCUCACCCGGAUCGGCUGGAUUACACACAAGUGCACGAACCUCCCAAGCUGCAUGACAGAAAUAACCGGCUGCUGACACCCCCACCCCCUCUCCCCGCCGGUCAAUAGCGAUUCAGCAUCGCCUGGGCUCGCAUCAUCCCUCUCGGUGGUGCAAGUGACCCCGUGAACCCCCUUGGAAUCAAAGUGGGUUUUCGUCUACAGUCCCGAAUGUGCCACCUCAUUGCAAGUCACUCACACCUUCCCCCCCCCCCCCCCCCUCCCCAACCCCAACCCCCCGUCCCCCACUUUGGCGAAAACCCUGCAACUCUUCCUCUCCCCCACUAGUUCUAUUCGGAUCUCAUCGACGAGCUGCUUGCCAAUGGGAUCGAGCCUCUCGUUACCCUCUAUCAUUGGGAUACCCCUUCGGCGUUGCAAGAACGUUACAACGGCUGGCUCGAUGGCGAGCAGAUCACGCGCGAUUUCGUCAACUACGCUCGAGUCUGCUUCGACGCGUUCGGAGAUCGCGUCAAGUGCUGGAUCACCCUGAACGAGCCUUACUGCGAGUCCAUCCUCGGUCACUUGUUGGGGAUCCACGCCCCCGGCCGAACAUCGAACCGAGCGCAGUCCGCCGUCGGCGAUUCGGUCCACGAGCCUUGGAUCGCCGGCCACAACCAGAUCCUCGCCCAUGCCCACGUCUCGGACCUGUACAACAAGCAAUAUCGACACAGGACCAUCGGCGGUCGAGGUCAGAUCAGUAUCGCCUUGAACGGCGACUGGAACGAGCCCUACGACCAAGAACCGGCGACGAUCGCUGCGGCCCAACGAGCGAAUGAAGCCUGGGUUGCCUGGUUCGCCGACCCCAUCUACCUCGGUCGGGACUACCCCGCCAGUCUUCGUGCCCAACUCGGUUCGCGGUUACCUCAAUUCACAUCGGCUGAGCUUGACUUGCUCAAGGCCAACAUCCCCGAGUUCUACGGCAUGAACCACUACACGACGAACCUAGUCAAGCCUUUGCCCGAACCGGCGGACGCGCUCAACUACAACGGCAACGUCUCAUUGCACCACACCUGCCCCGACACGGGCAAGUUGAUCGGUACGCCUUCGCAAUGCUCAUGGCACUUCAACGUCCCCUGGGGUUUCCGCAAGCUCCUCGGCUGGAUCUGGAACCGCUACCACAUCCCGAUCGUCGUGACCGAGAACGGGUACCCCGUCACGGACGAGAACAACUUUUCGCUAGAGAAGGCAAUCGACGAUACCGAGCGCUGCAAGUUCUACGAGUCUUACCUCAACGAGAUGGAGAAGGCCAUGUUGCUCGACGGCGUCGACGUGAGGGGUUACUGCGCUUGGUCGUUGUUGGACAACUUUGAAUGGGCCGAAGGGUACAUCCCUCGGUUCGGGUGCACCCACGUCGACUACAAGACGAUGAAGCGGACACCCAAGAAGAGUUCCAAGGUCAUUAAAGAAUGGUUCGCUGUGCGGGAAGCCAAAGGCUCGUCCUCGACUGCGUCCAUGAUCCCUUCGAGCGUCGUCAACCUCGUGAAGAACUCCAACUUUGAAGUGUCGGCCGAAGCCGUCAUCGCUUGA